AUGGUUGAAAACUCUACCUUUGACGUCCAAGUAAUAUCUUCGACCACCAUAUUCCCCGAAUCAAAACAAAGAAGUCCUUCGACUAUCCCCUUAUCCAUCAUUGAUUGUACUGUUUCAUACUUUGCUCGUUGUGCUGCGAUUUGGUUUUACGAUCCCCCAAGCAGUCCAAAGGCCGGCCUAUCAUCGUCGCACCUUCAAGCCGCUCUUUCUAAAACGUUGAACUCCUAUCCGCAAUGGUGUGGGCGACUUUCCUAUACUGCUCACAAAGCCAACGCUGGUCAUAAUGAGCGCUAUCGAAGAGUUCAUCUGACUUUCGAUGCUCCAACAGAUCUUGGGAUUCCGUUCGUCACUGCAACAUCCCCUAAGAUUCUCUCGGAUUUUCUCCCUGAUACGGCAUCUCGGAGGUCUGGCAAAAAGGCUUGGGAUGGCUUCGAACUGCCCACCGAUGGACUCUACCCCUCAGUCCCGUUAUCUUUGAACAACGACCGCACCCCUCCAGAUGCACCAAAUGUUGUAGUCCAAUUGACUACAUUUGCAUGCGGCAGUACUGCCCUCGCCAUCGCCAUUACGCAUAGUUUAGCAGAUGCGCAAACUCUUUCGCAAUUCUCAAAAGACUUUUCAAUGGUCUCACGUGCGAUCCUCAAUUCGGAACCUUUGCCAAACCUUUCACCGAUCUUUGAUCCCCAGCGGUUAGAUGCCUUCGCAGCAGGAGAUAUCGACGCUGAAACUCCCGAUCCAGCUCUCCUUGAAAAGGCUCGAAAACUUCCAUGUCAUAGAUAUGAUAACUACAUCCACGUCCCUAAUCAACCAUGGCCGGUUCAUAAUCCGCCAGGUUUUGACACAGUAUCUCAUUUCCCCUUGAGUCCCACGGAUCCACUUCCCUGGGAUGAAUACGAUGCUAAGGCACCUGUCUCCCACCGGGUUCUGCAUUUCUCAGCCUCUGAAAUCCAACACAUUUUUACCCAAGCUACAUCUUCCCAAGAGGCAGCUAAAAUUUCCAAGCUAGACGCACUGCUCGCACAUGUCUGGACACGCAUCAACGCGGCCAGGAACCUCGAACCGGGCACAACAACAUACCUAGAUAUGACCUUUGGUCUCCGCCCCCGCAUCAUUCCUUCACUGCCCAACAACUUUAUCGGGAGCCCCAUCAUGAACGCAGCAAUCCCUACCACCAUUCCCACCUCAUCAAUGCCGCCAUCUCUACCAGCGGUAGCAAGUACGAUCCGCAAUACUCUGAAAGAAUUCACACCCGAAAAGAUAGCAGCUCAACUCCACGAUCUAGCUUUCGAGGUCUCUCCCCAGCGAAUCUGGCGCUGUUUCCUAGGUAAAAGGCAUAUCAUACUCACCACCUGGCUAUACCUCGGUUUGGACGAGGUUGAUUUUGUGGGUGAGAAGGGAGGGAAAGUGAGGUAUGUAUGGCCGAUUAUGCCCGCGAUAGAUGGAUUGGUGGAUGUGUUGGAGACAGUGGGUGAAAAGGGAGAUAAAGGCGGGCAUUGGAGUCGGAAUGGUGUUGAUGUUAGCGUGUAUCUGGAGGAAGGCGCAAUGAAGAGGCUGCUGAAGGAUGAGCGGCUGUGGGGUGCUAAUCCCAUCCCGUCUCCUCCCAUCUCCUUUCUCCUCCCCGGAAAGCGCGACCACCUCUGUGAGAUCACCCUUUCCUCCAAGCUAAAUGUCCUUCCCGGGGGCAACCUCGGGAUCUCCCUUUGGCAGGCGGUUCGGGAACAUGUCCACAAUCUGCUCGCCGCCUUCAGGCUCCGAAUGGAUGGCCCGAAGCAAGAAGACAGCGUCAAUUAUCAGCUGCCCACAGAAGGAGAUACCGAGGAACCAGAAACUAAGAGCGCCGUUGUACGCAGCGGGACCAAACUUAGUAAAGUGGAUACCGGUCGAGGCAGUCCAGAAGAAAGGGAUGAUCAUGUUGAAUAUAGCCAGUUCCUUGGGGAACAAGGGCUUGGACCGCUGGUCGAUGACGAUGGCGUAGGAAAAGCAGAAGUUCUGCACCAUGAAUGUUUGCCAUGGCAUCAGCGUACAGAUCCAAAAGAAGUCGUUGAGCGUCUGCGUGAUCUCGGGGUUGCGUUCGGGCCGGUACGAUGUCGUGGCUAG